AUGGAUGGCACCUACAUGGAAACGAGCGGCUCUGGCUCUGCAAGUGCAGUACACCAGGUGCUGCGAGCAGCUUUGAAUGCCGACAACAUUUCGGAUUCACAAGUAUCGCAGUACUACCGUGAACGAUUGCAGGACCGUCGUAUACAGAUUACCAAUCUCGAUCGCGCUCGCCCAAAACCCGGUGGUAGCGAUGUCGAUGCUCGCAUUCUAGCCGAACGCAAGCUUAUCAAGCGCAAGAGGAGAGUCAAGAGCGAGCUGUCAGAGCUCAAGAGGCUGCGCAUCGCAACAGCUAGAUCUGCAAAGACUCGAGCUCUUGCAAACAAACGCGCUCGGUCUCAACAAUCCGCGAUCCAGCAUGAGCAAGAAGGCGAUGAGCAUGUAACUGCAAGCAAAGAGCUUGUCAAAACCAAACAACGUCUGCUUGCGGAUGCCACGAAGCAGCUGAAACGCUUGCAAUCCGUACCUCGUCAUCGGACGAAUCAGGCGAAAAAGAUCGAUGCGGCUUCGAAAAAGCCGCUCAGUCGCUCACAGCGCAAACGCAUGGGACUGGAGCAAGUCGACUCCAACAUCAGCUACGAGCUUGUAAAGCCGCUGCAUGAUAUGUGGCGCUCCUACAUCCAGCAAUUGCUCAAUAUUGUCGCGAUCAACGGCAAGGGCCAGCUCGUGCCAAAUACGCAAUUCGAUGAGAGGAAUCUCGCCACCAUGUCUUCAGGCACCGUCAGCGCGGUUCAAGCAUCGUUGAUAAAGGCUGAUCUCUGCGGAGCAGAGAUCGAGGUGGUUCGUGCUGCCAACCCUUCUCUUGUCUCUCAACACGGUCUCGUGGUCAAAGAGACCGAACAUACAAUCAUCAUCGCGAUACCACCCAAGGUGUCAAGCGAAAAUCGAGAGGCACGAUGCAGCGCAACUCGCACCAUACCCAAGAAGAACGCUGUGUUUGCGAUCAAGGUGCCUCUCGCUUCUACUCAGCAUUCGGCGGAUCCAGGUCACCUUCGCUUCGAACUUCAUGGCAACCACAUGAUGCAUACGCUGCCUUCGAGAGCUACUCGAAAGUACAAGGCACGACCUACCAUCGACUUUUGA